AUGGGUUAUCAGGUGAAGACUUCUUUACUUUCAGCUCUAGCGACGAAUACAGCACCAACCUCCCUUCAGGUACACAACAAAUACCGCGCUCUGCACCACUCCCCUCCACUAAACUGGUCAGAAGGCCUGGCCAAUGAAGCAAGCAGGAUUGCUCAGAGUUUAGCAACACAAUCUACGCUGUCAGGCAAAAAGGACUCUGCCUUAAAUUUAGGUCAAAACCUGGCUAAAUUGGCAGGUAAAUAAAAUGCUGACAUAAAUUUGACGAAUAAAGUGCAGUUGCCUAGUAAUACUGGGUUCCAGUUAUAAACUGAAAGCUAAGGCCUCUUUUGCACGGAGAAAAGUUGCCGCGUCCAGGGCAGAAGAGUCACCCGCCGACCCCAGCAACCCUGGGUGAGCCAACCUUUCCAAUUCAUACAUUACCUUGCAAAAAAAGUGGCGAACCGUUUACAUGAAAAGCAAGAAGUUGGCUCGACUAGAAGGGUGACCCGCCUAUCCGAGUCACCCUUUUAAGCGGUUAGGUUCACCCUCCUACAGAGCCGGUCUAACUUUUCUCCAUAUAAACACUUUGGCUCGCCCAGCCUGGUCAACUCGGUCGAGGCGAAACAAUCAGAACAUAGCCCUUUUGGAUCGGGAUAAGGGCUCAACUUUUCCUCUGAUGCAAGCGCUCGCGACGCUCAUUGACUCGGCUGGAAGGGUCUUCCAUUCGCUAGAUGGGAGGACCUUAAACUUCCUAGUGAUCUUAGGAUUCCAGCCAGUAUUGAAGGUAGGGAAACAAGGAAUAAAAAGCUAUCAGUCAGACUUCGCAAAGAAUCGAUCACUGAAGAGACCGUGGUAUUUUAUUCGCUUUUAUAUUAGUGCUAUUAUCAACUGAGCUUAACUCACAAAAAUUAUUGACUCAUUUUUGUGUAAUAAUUUCAGGUAGAUGUUGUAAAUGACCUUAUGUUCGAAUUCCCCGCUCUCAAUAUUCACUUCAUAACUUUCAUAUCACUUCAUCAAACGAGUGUUACGGCGCUUACCUACUAGAUACCAUUGUCAGAUUUUAUUUCCUAUAUCACAACCAAAUGUCCCUCCUAUCAAUAACUCCCAAAUAACCUCGUUGAUGCUCUCACCCCCGACAUACCGAAAACUGCCGCCUAAAAAAUCCUGGGCUUAUACAUCUUCAUAGGGGUUUAAGCAGCGCGCUUAUAUUAACCGGAAUAGAAAAAGCGCUGCAAACCAAGAAUUUGACAAGCUGUGCUGGUCAAAUUUAUUUUGGUAAUAGAUUCAUGACUCAUAACCGUCACGAAUAUACUGUAGUAAGUGUAGUUGUUGCUGUAGUUUGGGGUAGUUGGGGCUCAUAAUCGGUUGUAUUGUUUUGUUUACGGGUCGGAUGGGCCAAAAAUUGAGAGGACCUAUAAGUUGGGAGGGGGGGGGGGGGGAAAAAAAGGGAAAGUUGACUGCCUUUCACAGAUUUAUUUAAGAAGAAAUGUACUCCUGAACUUACGCGGUUCUNCCGAUACUGACACCUUUACCCAGGUAAGAACAACAAAACUUAAGUUGAACUUAUCUCACACUAAUCUUUUCCUUGUUACAAGCGUUUUUGUCGUCUCCAUCCCAGGUCUUUAAAAAUGUGAUCAACUCCACACUGCCUGCCUCGAACAGCUUUGCUAAAUGUGGGUAGUGUGCAUGUAUCAUAUAUUUCUUUUGCGUGAAAAAAGUUGCUUGCAUACUUCAAUUCCUGAUCUUAUUACGCCGUGAAAAACAGUACAAACACUUAAUUUUGCUUGAGGAACUUCAUGCAAUUAUAGGGGCGUAGCCAGCUUUUCGCUAUUUGUCGGCCUGGCUGACUUUCAUUUCCACAGAUCCUGAAAAUUGCACGCUCGACUAGUACGCACUGACCUCACCAACACUUUUCGCAUAAUUUAUUACAAGAUGUCGAGUGAUCAAACCAAAAUAUAGUAGGCCCUGGCCUUCAGGUCUGUCGGCUAGCUACACCCCUGAAUUAUAUUACUGCAACUAAAUUGAAAGCUAUCGAAGGACCGUCUACUAUCAGGAUUACAACGAAGAGUUUACCAUUUUAUUUUUUUGUACUUUUACUGUUUUUGGUAACUUUUUAGGUAAUACUUUGGCUAUUUCGUCUUUUUUUUCUUCACGAAACGUGUGAAAUUUCCCCCCAAUUUCUCCGGGGCUACCAAAACAGCCGAGCUUCGGCGCCUUCUGCUGCCUUUUUUUGAACAAUUAUCCAUCAAAAUGACUCAUCCUUGAGGAUAUCGGUCAACGGUAGCUGCAGGUUUGAAUUCGCCUCAACCGAAAGGAAAUUUAAUUUUAAAUUACAGAAGCAAUGUUUAAAACCGCCCUACAGAGUACACAAUUCACCACAUUUCUCCCUCACCCAAUUUCUGACAUUUUUAGAGCCACCCUCCCUCGAGCAACGCAAGCUCUGCGAUUCAUCUAUUGCUAGUUAUAAAUCUUUUUUUUUUGUGUGUUGUUCUUUGUUAAUCAAAGGUGAUAUGGAGAGAUUCAAAGGAAGUCGGAUUAGGAUGUGCUAAAAGCUCCUCAAAUGCCGCUGGACCCAUGUACGUGGUGGCUCUGUACAGACCCGCGGGUAAUAUCCCGAAACUGUUACGCAACAACGUCUUAGAGCCCGGUCCUCGAGGAAAUGACCCGGAUGUCUACUCAACGUUGUUCAGACGGCAGUUUGAUAAAGCGAAAAGUUUAGGACGAAUUCAACCAAAACCGCGCCGCACUUGA